UGAGGUGCGCGCAGGUUGGCUCGCGCCACUUUGUUGACAAGUGUCACCUCGCACCUCUGCGCGUGCCUUACGCUUUCAAAGAGAAGGGAACUGUUGAAACGGCGACUGAGGCCAGCGCGUCCACAGAAUUUGGACAGAGAUCUUCAUCAACCUUGCAUUUUGGAAUCUAUAUUAUUAAUCAUGGAAUCUGACUUACUUUUCAUACCUGGGGCUUGUGUGGCUGGAAGAUAUAUUGUUCAGACAAAACUAGGAAGUGGAAGCUUUGCCACAGUUUAUUUGGUGCAGGAUUCAAAGUCUAAAUGCAAUGAAAACAAGAAAGUUUUAAAACGCAUUUUAUUGGGAGAGCUGCGAGGAGAUGAGACUGUCUCAUUUGCCAAAGAGGCACAGCUUCUUUCCAGCUUACAACAUCUAGCAAUUGUUCAUUUCUACAGUAGUUUUGCAGAGCUUGACUCCUUUUGCAUAGUCACAGAAUACUGUGAGGGUGGAGACCUACACAAUAAACUGCGUGAGCGUCAAGCUAUUAAAAAGUUGUACUCUGAAAAACAAGUUGUAGAGUGGCUGAUCCAGAUCCUACUUGGUGUACAGUAUCUACAUGACAGACUAAUUCUACAUAGAGAUCUGAAGACUAAAAAUAUUUUUCUUAAGGAGGGAAUGAUCAAGAUAGGAGAUUUUGGAGUGUCACGAAUUCUUGCAGGAUCAACAGACUUUGCCAAGACAUUCACUGGCACACCUUUUUAUAUGAGUCCAGAGAUUUUCACCUGUGGUGAAUAUGACUCGAAGUCAGACAUCUGGUCCUUGGGUUGUAUAUUGUAUGAGAUGGCUACUCUGACUCAAGCUUUUAAAGCACAGAGCUGGAUAAAGCUGGUGCGCAAGAUUGUUGAAGAACCUGCUCCUGUACUCCCUGGCUGUUUUUCCAGGGAACUCAAUGAUAUACUACAAAGUAUGUUGAGCAAAGAUCCAGCAAACAGGCCUGCUGCUUCAGAAACUCUAAGAUUUCCGUUCAUUGAUCAGUAUGUUAAAAACUUGACCAGUGUGCUUCAAGAUUUGCUAGAAACUGAAGAGGCAUCCAAUAUUUCAGAAGAAUCUGCCCAUAUUGCAGAAGUUGUGAAGAAAAAGGUACAUCUUGAAAGCCUGUGGGUAGCAGCCAAGGUGCAAGGGUUAGAUCCUAGAGAAAGGAGAAGACUACGCCAAGGUGAACAACCAGAAUUAGAUAAAAUGAGAAAAGCAGUUAGUGACCUUUAUCAACAAAAUCAGAAGAAAGGUUUGAAACUGAGAAACAAAACUAAACCGAUUACCAGUCAACCUUCAGAUCAGGUGGAUUUUGGGAGCCUGGAAAUACAUGAUGAAAUCUUGGAUUUGGAGUCUGAUGAGACAGAGACGGACUCAGAUUCUGAUGAAAUGGAAGAGACCAUGCUGGCUUCAAUAUCUGAAUACUCAGAGGAGCAGAAUAGUACUCUUCGUGCCUACCAAAGCUACUUGCUUAACAUAUUGGAGACUAGUACCAAAGGUCAGGAUCCCCAUAUAUCAUCAUACACAUCUGGGGAUAUACCCACAGAAACUAUUCAGUCAAAAAUUGAUCAGCUAAAGCAGAUAUGUACAGACGAGUUAGGAAAUGCUGUUUUUCAGCAGAUUUACUACUAUCUGAGAAGUGCAGACCAGAAUCAUAGAAGUAAUGAGCAAGAAGAAAAUCAUACACCAGUACUACCUCAAGCAUGGGACCAAAACUCAAAGUAUUAUGUCAUGAUUCAGCAGCUUCUGUUCCUAGAGGAGAAAAUGAAACACAAUUAGGAUGAGAAAUACUUGUUAAUAGAUAAUACAGUAAGCCACUCAUGUUUCCAUCAGUUCCAUCUGCACUGAGCAGCCAUACUGAAGUGAUACAACAUGUCUGAGGAGAGAAAUGCAGAACAAACACUCUACCAUCUGUCACUGGAAAAGACAGUAAAACAUCUUUUGCCUGCAAAUCUUUGGACACUUGAAAUCUGUACAAAUAAAAGUGCACAAGAUCACUUAUAAUUUUGCUUUGUGCUUUAGUCACCUGACUUUAUAUAUACUUAUAUUAAUUUCAGUGCUCAUUAUCUAUUACUACAAUGUUUUGUUUAUAAAAUACUAAUGUAUAUUUCUUUUAACUCUUUAUCUAUAAACUUCAGUUGUAUUUUGUAAUAAAAUAAUAAUACAGGUGUAGAAGGUGAACUAA